UGAUAGGUGAUUCGAGAGGCUCGCAUCAUCCCUACAUCCCUCCUAUACCACCAUCGAAAUCCUACCUAUAUUCCACUCCCCAGCAUGUCCUCCACCCAAUCAACAACCCCUCAUACAACCUCCAACUCACACCAAGCCACAAGAAGUAUAUCAACCCAGACUCAGACCAUACAUGACACGUCGAAUUCCCAAACCGACGGGCAGCAAAUCCGAAUAACGUCCACCGAAACAACUAUAAAAGCCGGAGAUCAGGAUGGGGUUACUGCAUCGGUAAGCAGGAGUCCAAACAGAGUUCCUGUGCCGAGCACACUGCUGAGCUGCGCAGCUGUGGACAGAUGCGAGGGAAAUAGUGGGUGGUGUGGAUUUGCGGAAGUUGAGGAGGCCGCAGAGCUGUGAGGAGCGGUUGUUCCAUUAGGAGUUGGAGACUUUGGUAAAUCUACUCUAGUCUUCUGUAGAG